GCAAAGCCAACGCACAGAUAGUGUCACUUGAUUUGUGAGCAGCCCUUUGUGUAUGACUUGCAGAUUGACUUCAAAACUCAAGUUUCGACUCAACUCUCGGUUGUCUUCUCAUUGAGUGUUGACUUGAGUUGUGAUUGAAUUGUAAAUCACUUUCUAAUCGUUGGAUCAGUUGAACGACAAUUUGUGGAUCAAAAUGAGUAUAAUGACAUACAAUGGCGGAUGUGUUAUAGCGAUGAAAGGCAAGGGAUGUGUUGCCAUUGCGGCCGACCGUCGGCUCGGAGUUCAGGGACACACUGUGUCCACAGACUUCCAGAAGAUCUACUCAAUGGGUCCGACGCUUAUGGUUGGUCUGCCGGGUCUCGCCUCAGACACACUCACUGUCGCCCAAAGACUCAAAUUUCGGAUCAAUUUGUAUGAAUUGCGUGAAAACCGACGAAUCAGUCCCAAGACAUUCGCGUCCGUCGUCUCCAAUAUGCUAUACGAGCGCCGAUUCGGGCCAUACUUUAUAGAGCCAGUGAUGGCGGGAAUCGACCCGAAGACCGGCGAGCCGUUCAUAGCGUCGACUGACGUGAUCGGCAAUCUGGACAUUCCCGAAGACUUUGUGGUCGCGGGAACCGCUACUGAACAGGCGUUCGGAAUGUGCGAAACGCUGUGGGAGCCGAACCUCGAGCCCGACGACCUCUUUGAGACCAUUUCGCAGGCGUUGGUGAAUGCGGUGGACAGGGAUGCGGGUUCGGGAUGGGGUGCUGUCGUCUAUGUCAUCGAGAAGGACAAAGUGACCGAACGGAAGGUGAAGACACGAAUGGACUGAAACUACUGUUGUAUUGAUUUCAUCACUAAAUUUCAAUUUUCUGUAUUUUUAUUAUUUUAGAAUAAAUUAUAAAAAUAUA